GCUUGCGCCUGUCUCAGUCAGUCACGUCACGAUGCAGCGCGUGCUGACUGUGAGGCUUGGGCGACUCAUUACGCUGAGAAAUAAACUUGCAUUGCGUUUCGGACCCGGCGCUGUAAAAAUGUCCACCCUACUGAUAAGUCAACCAAAGUACAGCUGGUUAAAAGAGUUAGACCUGCAGGAGGACAAUGACGGAGUUUAUAACGGCUCCUGGGGGGGAACGGGAGAGGUAAUCACGUCAUACUGCCCGGCCAACAAUGAACCCAUCGCCAGAGUCCGACAGGCGACUACGGCAGAAUAUGAAGAAACUGUACAGAAAGCAAUGGAAGCCUGGAAAGUUUGGGCAGAUGUUCCUGCUCCAAAGAGAGGUGAAAUUGUUCGACAGAUCGGUGAUGCUCUGAGAAAAAAGAUUAAAGUUCUUGGCAGCUUGGUGUCGUUGGAGAUGGGUAAGAUCUAUGUGGAGGGUGUUGGUGAGGUGCAGGAGUAUGUAGAUGUGUGUGACUAUGCUGUGGGACUCUCUCGGAUGAUCGGUGGACCCAUUUUACCCUCUGAAAGGCCAGGUCACGUACUGAUCGAGCAGUGGAAUCCAGUGGGUCUUGUGGGAAUCAUCACAGCUUUUAACUUCCCCGUGGCAGUUUACGGCUGGAAUAACGCAUUAGCUCUUAUCUGCGGCAACGUUUGUCUUUGGAAAGGAGCUCCUACCACACCUCUCACAAGCGUUGCGGUAACAAAAAUUGUCGCUGAUGUGUUAGAGAAGAAUAAUCUUCCUGGUGCCAUCUGUUCUAUGACCUGUGGUGGAGCUGACAUUGGCACGGCGAUGGCUCGGGACGAGCGAGUGGGUCUGCUCUCAUUCACUGGCAGCACUCAUGUUGGUAAUCGGGUGGCAAUGAUGGUGCAGGAGCGCUUUGGUCGGCAGCUGCUGGAGUUGGGAGGAAACAACGCCAUCAUAGUGUUUGAAGACGCUGAUCUCAGUCUGGUUGUGCCAUCUGCUGUCUUUGCCUCAGUGGGAACGGCCGGUCAGCGCUGCACUACUACCAGAAGACUGAUGCUUCAUGAAAGUCUUCAUGACAAGGUUGUGGAGAGGAUCGCUAAAGCAUACAAACAAAUCAGAAUCGGCGACCCCUGGGACCCUAAUACUCUCUACGGGCCUCUGCACACCAAACAGGCUGUUGAACAGUAUCUAGCGGCUGUAGAACAAGCCAAGCAGCAGGGCGGCACUGUCGUAUGUGGAGGAAAGAUCAUUGAGCGUCCAGGGAACUAUGUGGAGCCCACAAUUAUCACAGGAUUGCCACACGAUGCUCCAAUAGUUCACACGGAGACCUUCGUUCCCAUCCUUUAUGUGCUCAAAUUUAAGACGGAGGAUGAGGCGUUCGCCUGGAAUAAUGAAGUGAAACAAGGGCUCUCCAGCAGUAUCUUCACAAGAGACAUGGGCCGAGUGUUUCGCUGGUUAGGACCCAAAGGCUCUGAUUGUGGCAUUGUGAACGUGAACAUUCCUACCAGCGGCGCUGAGAUCGGAGGAGCGUUCGGUGGAGAGAAACACACAGGAGGUGGUCGAGAGUCAGGCAGUGAUUCGUGGAAACAGUACAUGAGAAGAUCCACGUGCACCAUCAACUACAGCAAAGAUCUACCGCUGGCACAGGGCAUCAAGUUUGAGUAAACACUUACCAGUGUAAACACAGUAAAACACUAGCUCUUUAUAUCUUACUUUAGCUUUAAUUCUGAUGCUUUUCUUGUAAAACAAUAAUAAUCCAUUGAUGUAUUUUGUAAGCACUUACUCUUUUUCUAGGACACAUACUGUUUAUUACUGAGAAACUAUGCCUCAGUAAAUGUAUGAGAUGAUAAUAAAAGCGGUUUCAUUUAACAUGGAGGCAGAGAUCACACAACAAA